CUGGGAUGGGGGGUUUGGGGUUGUUUCUUGAUAAAAAAAGAUAUUCACGCAUAUUUUCUAAUCAUUAGUAGCUUCCCACAGAAGAAGAAGAAAUGAAACUUGGGGUUCUUGGUUUUGUAUUAGUGGCUAUAAGACGAAUUGUUUACCUUUAUUGUCUCGGGACCUGAGCAGAAAACUCUGAUUGAUUUGUAGAAUGUAUUGGCUGUUCACCAUGCAAUUGUUAUAAUCAAUUAUUUAUCAAAUUCUCCAUACAAACCCACAAACUGAUUUAGAAUUGAAGCUUUCAUCCAUCUUUCAUGCCAUUUUCUCCCCCAUGAAAUUUGAUGAUGUAAUUUUGUAAACAAAGACAUGAAGAGACUGGAGUGACAUUCGGAUGGUGACAGCCAUUGAUUUCCUGGGGAGGAUAGGAUUCAGGAAGAACCGCCCUAAGGUCACAGAUGGUCCAGGUGAUUUCACACUCACACCUGUUGCAACUUUAUUGACUUUUUUUUUAGUUCAGGCAAAUAUCCCAUUCAGGGAUCCAGAAGCUAAGUGUGGUCCAGCAUGUAAGAAAGAUAAAUGUGAGAUUUAAAGAAAAAAAAUGAUUUUCUAAUGAUGCUCAGCUUAUAUCCAGAAGAUUUGCAUCCCAAUAUGAAGACGACUGACCGAGCCGAUGACAAUGACCUGGACUACCUAAAUGACAUCAUUCCCUACAGAUGUCCGAAAUGUGGAGACGACAGAAAAUUCUCCUCCCUUUCAGAUUUGCGUCUCCACCUUGAGAAAAACCACUCUUACCAGAUAGGAUAUGUAAGACCCCACUCAAGGACACAGGUUUUUGAUGCCAAAUCGGUGAAAACAAAAGAAAAUAUGUCGUCUGUCAGGGACGGAGUUAUGUUUAAGGAAUCAACUGAGGAAAAUAUCACUUCCUCGGACGGUCGAUCUUCACCUCUGCUUUUGAGUUUUAAGGAGGAUGCCAGAAUACUAGAAAGACGUCUGCAAGCGGCGAAGGAAGCUGAAAUGAGAAACAAAGUGAGAUUAAAACAUGGCAAAGUGGAGAAAUUAGACGAAAUGGGGGCAGUUAAUGAUUUACAUCAGAAAUUGAUGUCGUCUCGGAGUAGACAAUGGCAAGCUGAGGAGUCUCUUUACAACAUAGACAGCGUACUGGAGAAUCUAGAGAAGUCUGUCCAGAGAAGAUUUCAAGAUCAGCACGGAGUUAUAAGUGGUCUUGUGUCAAACCUGGACAACAGAGAAGAGCAGUUAAGCCAGGCUAACGAAACGCUUCACAGCCUGCAGAGAGAGCGGCAGAAGUUAAUCAAAGAAACUCAAGAGAUACUCCAACAGAGUGAGAUAAAGAACGAGAGACUGCAGCUGGAGUUAGAGAGGAGGGAUAAUGUCCUCCAUUCUGUGAAGGCUCAGCUGCAGGACCUGAGGGCCAAAACAGGGGAGAGCAUCCGGCAAAAAGACAACGAGUUGUUACUGACAAAGGACAGAGUUCAUCAUCUGGAGCUGGAGAAGGGGUCUUUGAUGAGAGAAGUUGAGGAGCUGCUAAUGGUUAAUGACAAAGACAACCUGACUCUAAAACAGACUCUAGGAACCAAAGAGAGGCAGCUCAAAUUAGUCAACAAUGAACUGCUGAAAAUUAGAAAUGAGCAGUCGGACCUGUUGGAUGAGAGUGUGAAAUUAUACGAAACAGCGGAAAUAGGAAAUCAGAAACUGAAGAAAGUUAUACAGUUUAAAGACAACAAACUCGAACAAGCGGAAACUGAGCUCUUCAGGUUAAGGAAGAUGCAAGAGGAUUUGGUGAGCGAGUCGCAGCUACUGACAAAUCAAGCUGACCACCACAGUCAGACGAUGCGGAAGAUUCUGGAAGAGAAGGAAGCUGCUCUGUCAAGCAUGAGGCGGGAAUUAGCAAGAGUGAUGGAGGAAAAGGAUAGGCUACUACAGGAACCAGUCAGAGGUCAGGCCAGAGGUCAAGUCAGAGGUCAGGCCACAGAUAGACCUGAAGAGUCCAACUCCCAGAAUCAAGAACCAACACCUACUCCUGGCACUGCACAACAUGAGGCAGAAAAUCAAAGGGAAGUAACUCCAACACCUCAUCCAAGUAAUGCAGAAUUAAGUAAACUGCAGAUUGGCCUCAAAGAGAAACAAGUUGCCCUGGAGGAGAGAGAAAAGGAACUGGAGUCGUUGAAGCAGUUCAUUAAUACUACAGCGAAGAAAGAGGUGGUGGCCAGGACGAGGCUGGAAGAGUUUAUCAGUGAGCUGAUAGAUCGAGCUGAUCGAGCUGAGCGGGAGCUUGAUCAGAUGAAGAAAACAGCUCACAAUUCCACUGACCAUUCCACCGGCCAUUCCACUGACCUUCCAGACAAGAAUAUUCACAAUGUGCAGAGAAAUCAACAAAAACAAUUACAGUUAUCUGAUUAUCUGAUUAUCUUACAGAUCUUUAUAACAGAUAAGAACUCGUUAUCAGGCAGUGGGGAGGAACCCAGAGAGGGACAUGGACAUCACAGAGUGUCCAGUGGAAAAUCUGAUAGAAGGAGUGAUAUUAAACAUGAAGAACCACUGUUAUAUACUUCAUUAAUUAACGGCUCCAAAGGGAAAUCAGUUUCUGAGAAUAGUCACUCCACACAGAAUGCUUCAGGUUCUACACGCAGCGAGUCUCAUAAAAGUGUGUCUCAUAAGAGUGAGUCUCAUAAGAGUGAGUCUCAGAAGAGUGUGUGUUCUCCAAAACCAGAGUCACCUCGCAGUGGAGAACUUGAAUCAGAAAAACAUGGAAGUCAAAGGAAAGAUAACUCUGAAGGAGAUGAGAGACAGCGAGCUGUAACUUCUAGCAUUAGUGGAGGUAAACUAGAACUACUGGCGAGGAGAAAUUCCUCGCUCUCAGACCACACACAGAAAAACUCCACGCUCUCAGACCACACACAGAAAAACUCCAUGCUCUCAGACCACACACAGAGAAACUCCACGCUCUCAGACCACACACAGAGAAACUCCACGCUCUCAGACCACACACAGAAAAACUCCACGCUUUCAGACCACACACAGAAAAACUCCACGCUCUCAGACCACACACAGAAAAACUUGCAGAGUGUUUUAGCCAAACAAAUGGGAACUAGACAAUCACCUGGAGUGGUAACAGAGGACGAAUUUAGCAACCAAUCUUUGUCCAGUAUGAACUCUAAAGAUAUGAACCGUGAAAGCAGUCUAAAAUCUAUCAAAACUUCAAAUAGAGAUGCAGGAGAUUCUAAACAACGACCUGAGAUAUCAGAAACUCGGGAACAGAAGUUAUUAUUUUCAAAUGAUGAUGAGAGCAUGAAAGAUGAUACAAGUCUAGAUUUAUCCAAAUCAUCCCAUUCUGAGCACGAUUCUGAAUCAGGACACAAUUUAUUCCCAAACCCUGGUAUGCGUAAUGUUGUAGAUAACGAAUUGUCAGAAAACAAAUAUAGCAGGUCUAAAAGUCCAUCAUCAGGAACAAAAAUGAACAAAUCCAAAGAAAAUAAUGAUUCACAGAUUAAAGGCGGAUCGUCAAUUAAUACUGAAACCUUUUAUGACCCAGGGGCCAUCAGUGUUUCACGGAAAACCAGAGUUUCUGGCGAUCCUGGAGACGAAGCAGAAGACGCCUCUCUCAUGACAGACUUGAGCAUAAAUUCCAAUCUCGGUGACUUCAGCAACCAAAGUUCUAACUUUAGCAAUUUUUUCAAUAACAGUGAAUUAGAGGGACAGAUACCAGAGAAAGUGAAAGAUCCUGAUAAAGAUAAAGACUGUCUGGAAGAAUCUGCAGAAAUGCUUCCAUUAGCGGCUUCAGUUAAACAGCUACACUCGGGAGCUAGUGAGGGGGAGAGUAUCGAGAUAUCAGACAGAGGAAAUUCACCAGGAAUCAACACACAUCACAUCGUAUCUCCCACGGCAGACUUCCGACCAUUCUCUUUAGCGUUUAGAGAGACAAGUGAACUGCCCGUGUUUUCGGAGGCACAGGAGACGGAGGAUGAAGAAGACUUGUCUACACUCGACAGCUGCAGUGUGACUCUCAGCAGCUCGGGGGAAACGAAAGUGUUGACGAGUCGCAGGGAGGCGACUAGGAAGAGGAGGCAGGCCUUACACAGCAUCUUCCAUUUUCUGGACAUCGAUUCACUUCUGGUUGUGGCCCAGGUUUGUAGGGAGUGGAAAAAGGUCAGCCGGAACAGGUCACUAUGGAAAUGGGUGGUUCUGGAAAAUAGAAAGUGUUCAUCUAAGUUCCUUAUCAGUUUGUCCAACUGGUGCACUGCCUUGAAACACUUGACCUUGAGAAAUCUUUCACCGAGGGACCAAUGGCAGACAGAAGCAGACGAUGUAUAUCAAAGCACCAUUAGAGGAAGUUUAGAGCCUGGCUUGGAGCGACUUCUACAGGUGACCGAGUCGACACUGCAGUCCAUCUCUAUCAUCAGCUGCGGCACCCUGUUGACAGACAAGAGUGUGUGGUUGGCCAGUUCUUACAGUCGGAUGCUGUGUACCGUGGAAUACUUGUCCAGUUUCUCCCCCCUAGGACCGGAUGUUAUGUAUGCUUUAGGGGCUGGAUGUCGGGACAUCACAACACUUAAGAUCCAACCCAUUUUUCCAUGUGAAAAUGAAGAGAAGUUUUCAAACAAGUGUCUACAAAUUGUGUCCCAGUUUUGUUGUGACCUUGAGACUCUAAGCAUUGGUAGUUCUAAUAUAGACAUAAAUGGACUUGUACUUAUUGCUAAAGGUUGCCAGAGACUCCGCCAACUGGAGCUUCAUCACUGCCAGGAAGUGACAUCAGACAUAUCUGUCGCCGUCUGCCGCCUCGGACUGAAACACCUUCUGUCUCUAUCAUUCAUCCACACGCCCGUCACAGCUGAUGCUCUCAAGCAUUUCUACAACACCUGUAAACACCUGAAAUAUCUCCACGUGGCUUUGUCAGUCAAGGACUUCCAACACGGCAAUACCGAGAAAGAACAGGCCAAACUGAAGAAAUGGCAAAAAUUCGUCAAAGAUAUGAAGGGCCUCGAGAAGAAACCAGGUCUCGGGAACAUCCUGAAGUUAAAUUUACAGGACACGUAGACACAAUUUCAAAAACACAACUAAAAACUUUUCAAACAACUCGGACAUGAAAACCCCCCAGGAUUUUUAUGAUUCAGCCAGUCCAUAUGUAAGGCAUGAUGUCCUCCUCGUGAUACUAGAGAUGACUCCGACAUUAAAUUUCUUGAAGACAGGAAUGUUCAUAAUGUCAAAGUAAUUUGUACUUUGAUCUUUAUGGAAAGUUGGCAUCACAAAUAUGUAUACAUGUACCUAUAAAUUAUCACACUUAAUAAUGAAACAAGUUUUAAAAAUC